AGUUCAUAUGCGGUAAUGGCUACACUAGCGCAGCAUCGACGGCCAGCGACACCGCACCAGGCGCGUCUUCUGGUCUGCUUCCUUCGAUUCUGCUUCCUUCAAUUAUCUCCUCGCCCAAAACGCACGAGGGCGAAAGAUACUCUCGAUCGAUUGCUUCUGUCGAGUUUGCCAGGAACUGUUUUCAUGGGUGCACUCUGUUGCUGUCCGUGUCCAGAGGAUUUUGAUGAAUAUGCCUACUCAAGCAAUCCCAUGUAUCAGCACUGCAUAUGCUUAAGAUAUUUCUUUCAUCAGCUAUUAUAUGGGUAUGGUGCAACAUUUCAAAGACUUGAUAACCGUACAAUCCCUACCCAAAUUCAAACAAUAACUUCAUCAACAACAUCAGUAUUGGGAGGUGCUUCUGACAACUCACUGUCUGAGGCUCAUCACCAUGUUCCCAGACCACCGCCUUAUGAAACAGAUGCUAGAUAUUCUCGCCCGCAGCGUGAGGGAUUGGUCUCUAGGCGUGAGAAGUCUAUGAGCCAUAUUCAAGAAAAUUUACACAUUCUUAGAAGAAAUGGUAGCAGUUCCACUUUUGAAACCAUGGCAAGUGUCAAAAAGAGAAAUAUUGUAGAAUCUGAUGAAGAAUGUAUACAUACCCAGAGUGAAUCAGAGAAAAACCAAUCUGCAAAAGCAUGUGGUACGGGUUUUGUUGUCUCCUCGGAAGAUGAAGACGUGUGCCCUACAUGUCUGGAAGAAUAUACUACAGAAAAUCCCAAAAUCGUAGCAAAUUGCGCUCAUCAUUUUCAUCUGAGCUGUAUAUAUGAAUGGAUGGAGAGGAGUGACACUUGUCCAGUUUGCGGAAAGGAGAUGCAAUUCUGUGAGAGCCCAUGACUAAGAGCUUCAGUGGAGAGAUCACGGCACACUUGUUACUUCAAGAGAUAUCAACAAACAAGCAGUAAUACAUGAUCGUUACGUUUUUGAUCGAAAUACUGCUUUGUAUAAAUAACAAGUCUUUGAAUUAUUUUUUUCAGUCUGGAGCAAGAUCAGUUGCUCCAAGGAAUUGGCAAUGUGAAUUGCAGUAGCCCUGUUGUUGAAUUGAUGCACACUGUAUUUUUAAGAUGAAAAUAUCACACAGAGAACAAUUACAUUGUU